AUGGCGAGCGAAAAGCAGCUGCCUUGGGGUUACCGAUGGCGCUCAUCCCGAACCUUCAUCAUCUCGACGAUUAUCAUCGCCUUCGCUUCACCAGAAACCUUCCUGUAUGGCUUCGUGGUUCCGAUCUUGAGCUUUAUGCUCGAAUCUCGUCUUAAAAUGGAUCCAUCCAAGACCCAGCGGAUGACCACCGCCGUCCUGACCGUGCAUGGCUUCGUGUCUCUGAUCUUCGCGCCCGUCAUUGCCCAUUUUGCGGAUAAGACGCCCAACCGCAAGGCCCCGCUCCUGAUCGCUCUUGCAGGAUGCGUCGCAGGUACUCUUUUAGUAGCCUCCACUUUUUCCAUUGAGGCGCUUUUUGUCGGUCGGAUCCUGCAAGCAGUGGCCGGCAGCGCCACGUGGAUUAUAGGGUUUGCCACCUUGACUGACAAUGUCGAUCUGGACCAUAUGGGCAAAGCCAUGGGAACGGCCAUGGCUUUUGUGACAGCCGGCCAGCUCAGUGGUCCUAUCGUCGCGGGUGCGCUGCUGGAGUGGGUGGGAUACUGGCCGACUUGGAGCGCUCCUCUGCUAGUGCUCUGCCUGGAUAUCAUCGCACGUCGACUGAUGAUCGAAAGGCGAGAAUUACCGCUUGAUGACCGACCCCGUUCCCCAAAGCUGGCCGCUCCUCACGACCCAGAAGAGAGCGAAAGGGCACCGCUGCUUCCAUCAACCCCUACCAACGAGUCCCCAGACUAUAAUGCGGUCCCCACGGAGGCUGAGCAGGUUGGACCAUCUCGCUCUUUUUACCGCAUCAUGAUAGGUGAUAUUGGCGUUGUAGCCAGCGUUGCAAACACGCUUAUUUUUGCAACUCUCAUCUCCGCUUUCGAUGCCACCCUCCCCCUUCAUCUGCGCGACACUUUUCACUGGAAUACCCUCUCCGUGGGCAUGAUUUUCCUUUCUCUCCAGGUUCCCUCUAUGUGUCUUGGCCCUUUGGUCGGGUGGCUUCGCGAUCGCGCUGGUGCCCGCUGGCCGGUGACGAUCGGCUGGGCGCUGUCGGCCCCAUUGCUGUGGCUUUUAGGUGUUCCUGGCGAGAAGAUGUUUCCGUGGGCCAGCCCGGAGACCAAUGGCGAAGCGAUCUUCAUCACUGGUCUGGUCACUAUUGGUAUUGUUUUCACCUUGAUUCGCGGUGCGGGCACAAUGCAGUUGGUUGCUGCUACUAAGGCCAUGGAAGCAAAGGAUCCCAAAAUCUUCGGUGAAUUCGGCGGUAGUUCCCGAGUCUCUUCGCUGGCCGAAGUGGCUUUCAGUCUCGGUUCCAUGCUAGGCCCGCUAAUUUCAGGCACUUUAUCUGAAAUGGUCGGUUAUUUCUAUAUGAAUCUGGUUAUGGGUGCAAUUUGUCUGCCGGUGGCGUUAUCGUGUUUCCUGUUCUUUACAGUUUAG